AUGCCCGCAGCGUCAAUUGCACUUGGAAAAGGAAAGAGAAAAACGCAUAUUGGGCCAUGGCAACUGGGGAAAACUCUUGGUAAAGGAUCUACUAGCCGUGUUAGACUGGCGAAGCACUCAAUUACAGGUCAGAAAGCUGCUGUUAAGAUUGUGUCAAAGAAGUCCGCGGCAAUGAUCCAAAGCGAGAGUAUUGUGGCAAUGGAUCGGAACGCAGGGCAUCUUACUACGUCAGAAGUAAGGCAGAUCCCAUUCGGUAUCGAGCGUGAGGUUAUUAUCAUGAAAUUGAUUGAGCAUCCCAACGUCAUCAGCUUGUACGACGUAUGGGAGAAUCGGGGGGAAUUGUAUCUCGUUCUCGAAUAUGUCGAUGGCGGAGAACUCUUCGAUUAUAUUUCCAGCAACGGGCCUCUCCCAGAGGAGGAGGCGGUUCGUCUCUUUCGACAGAUUAUUGCUGCAAUUUCCUACUGCCAUCGGUUCAAUAUCUGCCAUCGAGAUUUGAAACCAGAGAACAUUCUGUUGGAUUCAAAAUACAACAUUAAACUUGCGGACUUUGGAAUGGCUGUUCUUCAAUUAUCUGGACAUUUGUUGAAUACAUCAUGUGGUAGCCCCCAUUACGCUGCCCCGGAGAUCGUGAAUGGUCGAAGAUACCAUGGCGACAUGGCGGAUACCUGGAGUUGCGGUAUUAUCUUGUUUGCAUUACUGGCAGGAUCCCUUCCAUUCGACGGGGGAGAUAUUGCAGGCACACUUCGACUCGUAAGAAAGGGUGAAUAUAUCAUGCCAGCUUGGUUCAGCCCAGAGGCUGCGGAUCUAAUCCAGCGCAUUUUGCAGAAACAACCUGAGGAUCGAAUUAGCAUACAAGAUAUCUGGAUGCAUCCGCUCUUAAAGAAAUAUGAAAAGCUCCAUAAGUCAUUCUGUGACCAUUAUGUGGGCCCUCAACCACCGCUAUCUACUGCAGAUUGCGGCCAACCCCUGCUUGGUCUCCAGGACAUCGAUCUGGAUAUUUUGCAGAAUCUUCAGAAGCUGUGGCAUGGUGUGAGACGUGAGGAAUUGAUUGAAAGAUUGCUGGACACCAAAUUCAACCAUGAAAGGGUUUUCUACAAUGCCCUGAUGAGAUUCAAAGAGGAGCAAUUGGAGAACUACCAAGGAAAUCCUCUUGGAUACUCAGCGAGUGAUUACCACCAUAUUUCCAGACCAGUAGCUCGUGCUGUAAUUCGGCGUAGCCAAAGCAGCAAUGGAGUACGCCAUUCUCGAAUGUACUCUCGACCAUCACUAUCUGAAAUCAUGUUUCCCCCAGAAGUCGAAAGUGAUGAGGACUCACCUCUAGCGACAACUACGUCUGCAGUUUACACGAAUAAGGGAGAAGCCCACCUUCCAAGCUCUACUUUUUCUAUUUUGAACAGUAGAAGUAUAAGGGGUGGCUCAGUGAGAUCUCUUCACUCCAAGCUUUCGCAUACAAGUUCUCGCCGGCGCAUCAAUUCUGCAACUUAUAUUCGCUCUGCCAGCUAUCGACGAAAUGUCUCUUUCCGCCACCUCCCCCAUCCGCGCAGUCAUCUGUCGACAAAGGCCAAGAGCAUGCAAGUCCAAGUUCUAGAGCCUGAAGACAAUCAGAGUGUAGGCAGUCUGAAAUCGGCUAUUGAUGACAGUGGUGAAUUGAGCACAGAGGAUAGCCCAGUGUUGCCACCUCAAUCGAUCGCCAUUCGAGGCGGUGGUGCUACCAUGGACAAAGAUAAAUUGGGAAUGAGAAAGACAAGAGACUCCAGUUUUGUCUGGAAGGACGCUGCUAGAAGAGUCUCUUACGAGCUCAGCCAGAUAUGUGAGGAGGCUUUCAACGGCACCUCUUCAUCUACGGCUUGUACCAAGGACAGCUGUGCAACAGCUGAAACCCCAGUUAAGCACAUCUCAUCGAUCUCUCCAGGGGACUCACAGCAUUCAAAUGCUAUAAAACAGCUGAGGAGAUCUUCUUCCGGCUUCACACACCUGGCUGAAUCUCGCCGCAAACUAAUCGAGCACUCUACGAAAGCAGGUGCCGAUGACAUCUCUGCUCAUCUUUCGGGUGUGAUAUCCCAUCUAGAUCGAUUAAUUGAGCAGGAUAUAUCGGUGAAAAACGGAUCUAACUAUGCUAACCAGCAUGUCCGCUUCCUACCGGAUCCGUUCAUCACAUUGUCAAGCGAACCUGAUCACCUCCCUGUCAUAGCAGAGGAACUCCCAACCUCUAACAGCAGUGCGAGCUUAUUGGAUCUUAAUAAGGCAGCAGCAACGACAUCGUUCCUACAGUCAUCUCGGAGCAGUUCUCCCGCAUUCCAAAACAUUAAUGUCCAGUCGACUAUUCGCGUCGUGCCCCGUAGCUCUCCAGGAAAGCUCCGUUCUCCCACCGCCUGCCAUAACAAUUGCAUUUCCCCACUGAAGGACUACGGCACAGGUCUGCAGUUGGAUGAACACCCGCUCAAACAGAAUAAUGCGGAUAAUGGAUAUCCGUCUAACGAAUGCUACCCCUCUUGUCGUUCUCGUCACUUCCGUUCCUCUCUCGGACUAGACCGUAUUGAAGAGACCCCAAGGCCUAGAAGACAAAACAGCACAAAGAACCCCGAUAAUAAGAGGUGGUCAUGGUUCAAACGGAAGCAGCAAGUAGAUGAGAACAUUGCGCCUGAAUCGUUGAAGGGAGAUUCUGGUCGACCUAGAACGGCAAGGGUUGUCGUACGAGAAGUCAGUCCACCCGACGAACUUGAGCAUCUCAGAUCGAGGCCAUCCACGGACAAACCUAAAGAGAGCCUAUUCAGAAGACUUAUGAAGAAAAUACCCAAGAAAGAUGGAAAUCAAGUCUCAGCAGGACCUCCUGAAGAAAGCGCACCUGCUAUUAAACCCUCCACAGGUCCCCCGGAAACGGUGAAAUCCAAAAUUUUGAAACAUCCUCACAACCACCACGCGAAUGCUAUUGGAAGAAACCAGAAUUGGCUUGCCCGGUUUUUUCAAAUAAAGCCCGCAACCCGAGUUCUAGCCCUAAACUCCACAAAGCUCAAGGCCCGAAGAGACAUUUAUAAGAAACUAUUGGAAUGGAAACAGUACGGUAUAGAGGAACUCUAUUUGGACAAAGCCGACGAUUUCAUUCGCGCAAGGGUGGGAGAAAAUAACUUUUUAAACGUCCGACCCGUCGAAUUCUCUGCAGCAUUCUACACAGUCCUCGAACAGGGCCGUCAGGCAAACCUCAGCAUUGUCCGCUUCAAACAGGAGCGGGGUGCCGCGUCGACAUUCAACAAAGUCGUCGACGCACUUUGCGUCAUGCUCCAGGGACGAAAUAUGUUGGUUGAAGACCCUGUUCGGGCUAGGGAUAUGAUUGGGAUCCUGGAUGCUUUUUGUUGAAAUCCUUACAGAGUAUCUGCAGCAGUUAUGGUGUUUCUGAAAUGAGAAUCAAGAUUAAUUAAUGAGUUAGGGUUUGGUUUGGGUUAGGUCUUUUCCUUCUAGCCCUCACCUCCUUUCUCGUUAUGCCGCUUGGGCUUUGGGAUCAUAUUUUGUUUCAAAAGCCAUGCUGUCUUUAAUUAUUCUGUUUAUUUUUCUCUUGGGCUUGUUUGAGUCGGUUCUUUUCUUUGUCUUGAUUGUCUGUGUCUCCAUCUAGUUCCUGUGUACGAAACCAAUAGAGUGGCCAAACUUUUUCUAGUAAGUCGCUUACCCUUUUCAUCCUCGAAAAUGGAAACA